UCAUGAAUAGUCAUCUCUCGUACGGUUCUUUAUAAUUAGCAAAAGAAGAGGAAGAGAAAGAAGAAGAAGAUGAGACAACUUUGUCACGUUCGAGUAAUUUUGCCGCGAAAAAACAUUCCUCCCACUCGGUAUCCCAAUCAUCCCCUUCUACCUAAAAGUCUAGCCAAUAAGGAUGCACCACUCACACCACUGCAGCCCCCUUGUGACGACCUCUGUCAGUAGCGAAAGAGGGUGUGUUAGGUUAAACGGAGAGGCGACUGUCAUCGCGUCGUUCUUCGUGCCGAUUAACGAGCCGACUUAGACGAUACUUGCACCUCUGCGGGUGCUUCUUCGCGUGUAUUUGCCAGUGAUGGUUCCGCGUUGCUUCCAUUACCUUGACGCCCUUAUUUUCUACACCGUUAAUAAUCAAGAAGAAGAAAAGAAACAGACACAGUGCACGAUGAUCUUUUGGAUUAGUUUUCCUUGCUCUUCCUAUGUGUGGAAUAGACACUGACGAUAUGGAUGCAAUAUGGCUUCAAUACUUUGGCAUAUCUCUGGGAAUAGUUAUGCUUCUCCUGCCUUUGUCUUGCUCUUAUUGUUACUCUUCCCAAACAAUACUACAGCCCGUGAGGUAAUUAAGGCUCCACUGCCAAAGCAAGACCACAUUUCAUCACUGCCACCACCACCGGGACGUCUCACCACUGCCAAAAUAUUAAAGUGCGAUCAAAAAUUUAUAAGCACUCCUGAUGGGCCGCAAAAUGGAACUUUCUAUGCACCUACACUAAUAAAUCUAGAAGGAUCAUCUUGGCAGUGCAUUUACAUGUUUUUAGCAGGACCACGUCAACGCGUGGAACUUAUUUUUACUACAUUUGGCCUUCGAGGCAGGCCACCAGCUGGAUCUGCUGUUGGAGAAUUACCUGCUUGUAGCCAUGAAUACAUGGAUAUAUAUUCGGAAAUUCGUUCAGAUAACACUACCAAGUUAAUAGAAACACCAUUUGGAGGUCGUUUCUGUGGCCCAAUUCCACCUCGAAAACGUAUUUCUCUUUAUCAAGGCAUUGCUCUCAGUUUCUAUACUGAUAAAAAUAUAACGUUACCUACCCUAUUCAGUGGGAUAUAUACUUUUAUCAAUGCAUCCGUAUUUGAAAUUGGAACACCAAUACCAAGUGCACCAUGUUCUUUCACAAUAAAUUCAGAUGUUAAACGUAUUGGAAACUUAUUAUCUCCGACUUAUCCAGGAACGUAUCCAAAAGAUCUUUCAUGUAGUUAUCAAUUCAUUGGAAAACCAAGUCAAAGAAUACGCUUGGAGUUUCGAGAUUUUGACUUAUUCUUUGGCGGGCCGCAUUGCCCUUUGGAUUAUGUAAAAGUAUAUGAUGGACUCGACAAUACAUCUACUACUAUUGGAACAUAUUGUGGGCAACAACGCAAUUUGGUAUUAUAUUCAUCAGAAUCCAAUCUAUUUGUAUUAUUUGUUACUCUUCAGCGUACAGCGAAUACGCAAAAUCGUGGUUUUAAAGGAAUUUUUGAAUUUUCAGAAAGUUUUGUUAAAUUAGACUUUAUAACCAGUUAUAAUGGUGAACAUAUACGAGGCUCGGAAUGUGAUCAGAAGAUUUUAAGUAAAAAGAAGUCUUCUGGAUUUGUGGUUAGUCCUAAUUUCCCAUUUCCUUAUAUGCCAAAAGUUGUAUGCCGUUAUUUUAUUUAUGGAAUGCAAGAUAUACAACAUCUUGAACGCGUUCGCUUGGAAUUUGUAAUAUUUGAAAUUCCAAGAAAUGAAUUUAAAGAAGAUCCUGCAUGUACUGAUGGUUACUUAAAACUAUAUUUGAAAGGUCAAGAAACAACUGAUUCUUAUGAUAAAUUUGAUUAUGAAUUAUGUGGUGUGAAAAAUAAUCCAGAACAUGUAGUUAGCGAUGGCCCAAGACUUGUUAUGGUAUUUAGCAGUGGAGAAUACCAAGGAAAAGGUUUUAAAGCACGGUAUACUUUUGAGACAGAAUAUAAAAUACCUGGAACAGCAGAACCAGAUGGUACCUGUAUAUUUAGAUACAGAAGUUCCUCUCGAAAAAAGGGAGAUUUUAAUUCCCCACGAUAUCCUAGUAAUUAUCCAAGUGAUACAAAUUGUACUUAUUUCUUUUAUUCGACGCCGAAUGAACAAGUGACAUUGAUAUUUGAUCAUUUUAAAAUUAGAACCAGUAAUGUGAAUCUAACGAUCGGUCACUAUGGAUUAACUUUAUGUAAAAACGACUGGUUAGAAAUUUAUACUAUGUAUCGCGAUAAUACAGAAAAAUUAAUAGGCAGGUACUGUGGUAUGACUGCUCCAGGACCAGUAGAAUCAACUCUUGGUGCUCUCGGUUUAAAAGUAAUUUUACAUUCAGAUUCCGAAAAAGUUUAUAGCGGAUUUAAAGCGCGUUACACUUUCGAGGUAGCAAAACCAAUUUUUGGAGAUUGUGGAUCAAAUAUUAGCAGUUUGAAUUAUGGAAUAAUAACUAGUCCUAAUUAUCCAAAGAAAUAUGGUGGCCCGUCGAAAAAGUUUGCUAGUAAAACAUGUAAUUGGUUCAUAAAAGUACGACCGAAUCAACAAAUAUUAUUGAAUUUUGAUAAGUUUUCUGUAGAAGGUGAUCAAACUGCACGAGGUUGCCCUGCAGCAGUACUACGUAUGUGGUAUUCUAGUUCGUCCGCGCCAAUUGAGCUUUGUGGUGCUAAAAAUAAUAAUACCAAUUGGAGCUUUGUAUCAGAAGAUAAUAAUAUGCGUCUUAGUUUCAUAUCAGCAGAUAAAGCGGUUGGACAGCUUGGUUUUAGAGCAAUAUGGACAGAGAUAAAUAUAAACGGUGAUUGUCCAAAUCAAUUUCUUUGCAGCAAAAAUAAGUAUUGUAUUUCAAAAACGUUGAGAUGUAAUAAAAUCAAAAAUUGUGGGCCGAACGAUACAUCGGACGAAGAGAACUGUGUUGCUACGAUAUCAGCAGAUACCUAUGUCAUCCCAGCAGUAUCUGUUGCAGCUUCUAUUUUAGUUGUUCUGUUUGUAUGCCUGUUAUGUCACAAAGUUAAAAGACCUGUUCAAGAAGUUCACAUUGAUAAUCUACAUCAACGUAUAGAAGAACAUCAUCCCUGCUACCAUCAUCAUGCUCUUCUGCAACAUCACCAGGAUCAUAUUCAUGAAUAUAAUCAAUAUCAACUUGAGCAACCUAGCCCACCUAGUGACAGUGAUGCUGAACAAGUAUGCGGUGAUGAAACAAGUAGUCCAGAUAGUGUGUGACCGUGGCCACUUGCAGCGUGGUUAAAAUCCUGGAAUUCCUUAUACUUCUCCACGUUGCUUCCCAGACUUUCUAAUGUGUAACUAGUUGUUAUUGUUGUUACUAUUGUUGCCUAAUGGGAGCAACUUACAGUGUCAUCAGCACUUACUAUUACAUAUGUCAACACGUUCCUUUUAGAUUCAAGUGAGACAAGAAACUAAUGUAGAUGAGUCUAUCGAUCAAUUCAAAUACGAUCGCUUUUACAUCUUAUUUGUACAGAAUAUAUUAUUUUUAAUUCAAAACAUAAAUUUACUAUGUUUCAGAAUAUAAAUUUUAUCAGCAAUACUUAAGUGUGGUAUAUUCAUUGUACUAUGCUAUCAUAAUAUUAUUAAUUAUACUAAUGCUGCUAUUUCAUAAAAUAUAUAAUUUGCAUGUAAUAUAUUUUGUACAAGUAUAAGUAGGCAAUAUCUUUUUACUAAUGUGAAUAAUAAUAUUGCAAAGUAAACUUUUUUGUACAAUCAAUUGAAAAUGGUCUUCAUGUAUCUAGUAAUAUAUAUAUAUAUAAAUAACUGUCUCCUAUCAUAUUUAUGAUAAAUUAAGGUACAUUAUCUUUUUCAAUUGCUAAUACAUAAACAAAAUAUCAAACUAUAUACACACACCCACACAUGCAAUAUAGAGUUUUAAUUUCCUGUUGUUAUUAUGUGAAAUAAUUAAAAUCUAUUGGUUAAUCAAUUUAAUAAAUAAUAUUAUAGUACGAAAUAUAAUUAAUUUUAUAAUAGUUUUGCUAAAUAUUCAUAACAAGCAUUAGUAUGUGUAAUAUUGAACAAUUAUGAAUUAAAAAUAAUUUUUAUUGUUAAUUCAGCAGACAUUGUACUAUAAUUUACAACUACUUUUAACUGCCAAUUUAUUUAUAUUAUUCAAUUCUCAAAAUUUAACAUAUAUAUAUUCACAGAUUUUAUAUUACAAACGAUUUGCAAAUCUUUUCAAUUAUAUAAUUAAGAAAACUACCAAGAGAAUUUUAAUAUAUAUUUCACAGUAAAUGCUGCCAUGGGAGCUAAAACAAAAUAUAUUCUAAACUAUCUUAAAUAAAUUCCAAGAUACAUCUUGUAAAAGGAUGUAAACUAGCAAACAAGGAUAUAUGCAAAAGAAGGAAGGUCAAGUAUAUAUAUAUAUAUAAUAUAUAUUUGAUAAUGUUAAUUAACAUAUUCAAGAUUUCUUGAAAUAAAAUCUUAUAUACAUUGUGUACUACAUUCCAGAAUCACAUAAAAAUUUUUUCAUGUUUUGUAGAGCAUUGAAACAAAUAAUACUGCAGAAUUGUGAGACUUUAUAAUAUCGAACCAGCGUGUUCAAUUUCUUUAAAUAUGCGGAAAAAGUUAUGUGAUAUGCAUAAUAGGUAAUUAUAUAUGUAUGUGUACAUGUAUAUAGUGCAGUUUAAAAAUGAUGUUUAUUUCAAUAUAUUCUAAGAAUUAUCGAAAAAUUAUAAGCAUUCUGUAUUGCGCUUUCGGCUAUUAAAGAGUUAUUAUAUACGUUUAUAAUUUCUAUAAUCUUUUGAAACAUAUUGACUGCACAAAGUUACUAAUUAGAGAUAUUUUGGUAAUAUCAUAUAUAAUUCUUUUAAAUAUAAUUCGCAGAUCUAUCAUGUAUAUGAUCUUUUGAUCUCUAUUAAUGAAACAUUUAAUGUGCAAAUUUUAUAAAAAUGCAAACUUUUGUUGGAACUAAAUUAUAAAUAUUAAAUGCAACCAUCAGCAUUUUUAUUGUGAAAGAGAAAUAAUAAUUUUGCAAUUAUUAGCAAUAUUGUUUUUAUAUAAAUCAACACAAUGUAUAUACAUAUAAUUUAUGUAAUUGAAAAUGACAUAUUAAAAAGCAAUUUGGAUAAAAUACUAUUACUUCAAAAUCAUAUAUAAUAUAAAUAGGUGUAUAAUAUAGAUACAUUAGUAAUAUCAAAGAAUUACUAUAUGAUAGUGUAUGUCUAAUGCUAUAUUUGUAAGUACGAAAUUUGCUAUAUAAGCAAGGCAUAUUGAUUAGAAAUACUUAGAUCAGCUUAGAUACAAUACAUAUGGUAUUAUCUAAGUAUGAUAAAAUUUAAGCAUGUAUUAUUAACAUAUAUGAGAAAUUUUUCUCAGAAUAUCAAAAAUUCUAAUUAUCUAUUUAAAACAAAUUGAAACAAAUUUUAAAUCAGAAUUGCAAAUGAGCACAUUAUUAUAGAACAUCCAAAAGGCAAGUAUAGAAAUUUUGGUAAGAAAACCAGUAUACAUUUUGUAAAAAGAGCAGAAUUAUAUACACUUGCACUAAAUAUAACAGGACCAUAUAUAUAAAGAAUAUCAUAUUUAUAAAAAAAAAAAAAGAAAAUUUUUUCAGUGGAUUUUAUUUUUUUGUUACUUGAAAAUAACUGUGUAACAUGUUGUUUUAUUAUAAACAUUUUUCAUUUGAUCUAUAAUAUUUAUAUAAUUGAAAUACUUACAUUUAUUGUUCAACAUAUUUAAAAAAAAAUUAUAUUAUUUAUCUUUUUUAUCACUUUUUAUUUAAUUAAUUUCUAUGAUAAAUAAAAUUUAUUGUUUAUUUACUUUUCUUUAUUAUAAAUUGCAUCCAUUGAAAAAUUAGUUAUUUCAAAAUAUUGAUAUAACUUACACCUAUAUUAAACAUAAUAAUUCAAAACAUAUAGAAUGCAUUUUAAAAGACCAAAAAAGUGUUUUAGCUAAUGGAAUAGUAUUUUUUGGCCAAUUUUGGUCUUUAUUAUACUCAUCAAAUUGAUUGAAAUGUAAUUACAAUUAAUGUUCUAUUCAUGAAUAUAUGCUAUGAAAGAUCAACUGCUGUAAAAAUCAAUAUAAAGUUGCUAUAGUAGCAAGGACCAAUAUUAGCCAAUAAAUAUAAUCCAAAUAUUAAUAUUUAAAAUAGGAAAUAACAAAAUAGGCAUAUAUACUCAUGAAAAAUAUGUUCACUACAAUUUGAGAAGUUUUAGUUAAAUAAAAUACGUAAUCAUAUUUUAUGAAAAAAUGUAAUGCAAACAUUUUGCAUUUAUGAAUAUAUUCUUUUUGUAAUUAUAGUUCUAUUACAACUAUAACAGCUUACUCAUAAGAUUGAUGAUUUACAAAAGUUAUAUCUUAAUAUUUCUUAUUGUUAUAUCUUUAAAAAAGUAUAUUUGUUUUUUAUAAAAAUAUUUUUUUUUAAAGAUUUUUUUAAACAAUUAUAAUUUCUAUAAUUAAAAAUAACUCUGAUUUUAAACAUAUAAUUCUUUAAUGAUAUAAUAUUGUUUACUGCAAAAAUGAUGAAACUCAUGAUGCAUAGAAUUUUAUAAAUUAGCAAUAAUUCUAAAUAUUGUUUUGUCAAUUAUGCUAGCUGGUUUAGCAUAUUUACAGAGUAAAAUUCAUACUUGCGUUUGGUAAAUCGAUUUAAUAAUAAGAGAAUAAUUUCUUUCUUUUUUUUUUUUUAUUAUUAUUAUUAUUUUUCGAUAUAAAAUACUAUUUUACUAUUUCUAUGAUCACUUUAUUUAUGCAAUGCAAACACUACAUACAAUUAUUUUUACUGAGAAGAUGUAUAGGUAAUAAGUGUAAUAUUUCUUUUUUAUAUAUAUAACAUAAUGUUUUUAUUAAGUAUAUUAACACGUUACUUCGUGUACUAAAUUGGACACGUUAAAUAAACUAUUUAAGGAGUAUCUCUAUACUCUAAAUAAAACCAGUUUUUAUAAAAAUAAGUAUCAAAGGCAAGUAAAUGCAUAAUACCAUCCUCCAUUAAUGUUAUGUAAGAUAAGUAAUUAGUUUAAUGCAAUAUUAUAUGAAAACUUAUAAACUAUAAUGGAAUAUUACUUGAUAAGAGUAACGUCACUUUUGAAGAAACGACUAUUAAUAAUUAUACCAUAAUAUAUGUAACAAAUGUGUAUAAGUAGUAAAGUUAGCAUUUAAAUUGUCAACCAAUUUAGAAAUAAUAACACACAAAUUAUCAAUAUUGUGUCUACGGUAUGAGUCCUCAACAAUGAAAAUACAUUUGUUUAAUAAAUCAA